AUGGCAGACCCCAGCAAGAUGAUUAUCAACCUGGCCCUCUUUGGCACGACUCAGAGUGGGAAAAGUUCUGCUGGGAACAUCCUGCUGGGAAGCGCUGACUUCCUCAGCAGCUUCGCUCCAUGCUCUGUGACCCAAGAUUGUAGCCUGGGCUGCAGCUGUCACCUCCGCAGCUUCAUGCGCCGAAGGGGCCAGGAGGUCACCCUGCAGGUGCGGGUGUUGGACACUCCAGGCUAUCCGCACAGCAGACUGAGCAAGAAGAACGUGAAGCAGGAGGUCAGGGACGCUCUGGCGCGUCACUUUGGGCAAGAGGGUCUCCACCUUGCGCUGCUGGUCCAGAGAGCAGACGUGCCUUUCUGCGGACAGGACGCCACCUACCCGGUCCAGAUGAUCCAGGAACUUCUGGGACAUGCUUGGAAGAAUUACACUGCCAUUCUUUUUACCCAUGCAGAAAAAAUAGAAGAGGCUGGAUUCAAUGAAGAUACAUAUUUACAUGAAGCCCCUGAUACACUGUUAACCCUAUUAAAUUCUAUUCAGCACAAAUAUGUUUUCCAGUAUAAAAAAGGAAAAUCACUGAGUGAACAAAGAAUGAAAAUCUUAGAAAGAAUCAUGGAAUUUAUAAAAGAGAAUUGUUACCAAGUUCUUACCUUUAAAUAA